AUGCAUACCUCUCCACGACAUACGUGUCCUGUAUCUGCACAUUGGAGAGGCGGGGGUGAAUUCACGCUGGAUCUGCAGGGGCAACAGGCUGGGAGGGCAAUCGUUAACAGAUUCAUCCAGCCUCGACGACAAAAUGGCAGCAUUAGGUCCAGCAUACACAUACACGCUGCUCAGGUCUACAUGCAUGGCGCUUCUGACCUGGUCACAAGCUAG